GAUGAUGAUGAUGAUGACGAUGACGAUGACGAUGACGAUGACGAUGACGAGGAGGGGAACGAUCAAAGAGGACAAUUUUGAUAAUAUACUUCCUUUUGGAAUUUCCUAUCGAACUCUCUAA